UAGAAUUAGAAAAAUCUUGCGUGGCCACUGUUCCGAAAUUUGAAUCAUAAAAUAUUUUCACUAUAUAUUUAGAAGUUGUUGUGCAUCAGUUUUAGUGUUUAGUCUGUAUUUCGGCUUGCAGAUUAUUUGUGACAAAAAUAUAUAAUCGAGAUGUCUGUUGUACCACUCUUGUACCGCGAUUGGUGGGACGACGAAGACUGGUUCUCCCGUCCAUCUAGACUCCUGGAUCAACACUUUGGAGUUGGUUUGAGGAAAGACGAUCUCCUCAACUCGCUCAGGACAUUCCCAAGGAGUUCCGUAGCCAGACAGUACCUCAGACCAUGGAACACUUCUAGUGUCCUUCAAAGACAAGAAUCUGGAUCGACUAUUCAACAAGACAAGGACAAAUUUCAGAAAGCAACCAUAACAGAAGUGCAAACUAACCAAGAACCUCAAGCCCACAGUAGCUUGUCCAGAGCAAAUGAUUUUGAGGUAAUCUUAGACGUUCAGCAAUUCGCUCCAGAAGAAAUCACAGUGAAGACAAGCGGAAACAGCAUCGUUGUCGAAGGCAAACACGAAGAGAAACAAGACGAACACGGCUACAUUUCCAGGCAUUUCGUGAGAAGAUACGUUUUGCCUGCUGAAAAUGACAUUGAAGAUGUCGUUUCAUCCUUAUCCUCUGACGGUAUCCUGACUGUAACUGCUCCAAAGAAAUCAGAGAAACCUAAAAACACUGACAGGGUAGUACCAAUUCAACAGACUGGACCGGCCAAGCAAACUACUGAACCUAAAGUUGAAACACCUGGCAGUUAGAAAAUUUUCUCCUUAUUGUGAAAUACAAAUAAUAUGUUUUCGGACAUUGGAAUAACGCUUUUAACCAAAAAUUUGUAUAUUUUUGCUAUUAAGUACCUAUAACUUAUUUUAAAAUGCAAACAAUAAAUAAUAAUGUAUAACAAGAA